AUGGGCUCCAACGCCACUACUGAACAACUGUUCCACAUUCUUUUAACAACUAGCCACCUUCAAAAAAAUCCAAACAACGUUGUCGAAAAGGUCCGAAUCCCGGGCACCUACACAAAGCUCCAGGCAGCCAAAGCUGCCGCAUACCGCUGUCUGUUUGACGCGGGCUACGAAAAGGAGUGGUUCACCACGUACGAGACCAAGCCGGAGAUAUUUGAGAACAGAGACCUUCCCGAGCGAUCUGGAUUAGCCGUCUUUGCUGUCGCACCCGACGGAACAGAAUUCCGGGUUCAUAUCAUCACGACCCCGAAGGACGACAAGCUCAUCGACGAGGUCAUUGAAGGCCACAUCACCAAGCCAUUGUACUACGUAGUACAAGCCAAUGUUGAGUACAGCGCCGAUGAGGGCAGCAGAGUGCGCGAUAUCGAUAUCGAGGGAGUCUUCCUGACUUACCAGGAGGCAAGAGACCUAGCCAGCCGGGUAUUGCUGUCCAAGGAGGAUGCAGUCACCAAAGAGAGCUUUGCCGAAUACACUGAAGCAGCAUCUACGGAAAAGGACUGUGGAUAUGGAGAGAAUGUCGUUGUUCGAGCUGUGUCGGAGUAUGGGACGAACUAUUUGAUUUCGGUCAUCAAGAAUCAGGAACUGGAGGCCGUACAUCUGGCUGAGGCGGCUAUGAAGAUAUUGUAA